AUGUGCAUAUGGCAGCGCGCCCUCCACGACAUCUUCACGCUCCCCGACAAGAAGCCCAUCCUCUCGUAUGGGCCCGCAGGGCGCAGCGCCGUGACGGGCCACGUCGCGACCGUCUUUGGCUGCACCGGAUUUCUGGGGCGCUACCUCGUGUCGAAACUCGCGAAGACGGGGACGCAGGUUAUCAUUCCGUACCGCGACGAGGACGAAAAACGGCAUUUGAAGGUCAUGGGCGAUCUCGGGCAGAUCGUUCCUAUGGAAUGGGACCUGCGGAACGACAACCAGACCGAGGAGUGCGUGCGUCACUCGGAUAUCGUGUAUAACCUCGUCGGGCGCGAGUACGAAACAAAGAACUUCUCAUACCGAGACGCCAACGCCUUAGGGCCCGCGCGCAUCGCCGACAUCUCCGCCAAAUCGGGGGUCUCGCGGUUCGUGCACGUCUCGCACCUCAACGCCGCGGCGGACUCGCCAUCCAAGUUCUACCAGGCCAAGGCGGAGGGCGAGGCCCUCGUCAAGGACGCGUUCCCGGCUGCGACGAUCGUCCGCCCGGCAUCGAUGUUCGGGUACGAGGACAAGUUGUUGAACAACAUCGCAGUCUGGCCCAUCUGGUGGAAGCUGAAUCACGGGCAGACCAAGAUCCGCCCCGUCCACGUCAUGGACGUCGCACAGGCACUCGCGAACCUCAUCAGCGUCCCAGCCCUCUCUCGCACGCUCGCGCUUCCGGGCCCGUCAACGCUGACCUUCGAGUACCUCCUCGAGCUCGUCUCGACCAUGACGUACAACCCGCCCUCGCGCGCCCCCGUGCUCCCACAGCGCGUCGCCCUCGCCCUCGCCCGUGCGGCGCAGGCCGUCUGGUGGCCCGCGCUCAGCCCCGACGAGGUCGUGCGGCGGUUCAUCGACGACGUGGACGCGCCGGGCGACUGGGACGCCGUCGGGGUCGUCCCCGACGAGAUCGAGAACCACGCGAUCACGUACGUGCGACGGUAUCGCUCGGCUGCGAAUUACGUGCGCCCGAUCGUGCUUCCCGUGAGACCGGCGUUGGAGUAGAUUUUGAGAAUGUGUCGGCUUUUGCUAAUUCUACGCGACUUUGCCCGCACUGAAUGUAUUUCGCGUCGCGUUGGCUCGCGGUUGAUUAUCACUAGAGCUUCACAAGCUUUGCGAAUGAU